GUAUUAUUAAUUAAGCUGAUUAUUGCAAAACUAAACACAAAGAGGCCCGCGUUCGGUUGUAGAAUAUAAUGUCAUACACGAGGAAAGUGACUGUCGUUAGACAAGGAUGUAGUGGUCAGCGAGUGGUUACCGUCACACAACAGUCCUCCGGCGGCUGUACUGGCAGUUUUGGCACGCAGUUCGGCAACUACGUACAACAAUUUGAACAGCAGACAGGGAAUCCGGCCGUGACCUGGACCAAUACUUGCCAGGGAACCGUACAGACUCCCGAAAAGGUGCAGUCCGCUCCCUGCGGACAGAAAACCUCAUCGUUGUCAUCAUCGUCAUCGUCGUCGUCCUUUGAAGAUGCCGUUUUGGAAGAACACAAUAGGCUACGUGCCCGCCAUUCUGCAGCACCACUGCGGCUUAAUGCCAGCAUGAGCCAGUACGCACAGGAAUGGGCCAAUAAUUUAGCCAGCCGGAAUACGAUGCAGCAUCGCUCGAACAAUCGGUACGGGGAAAAUUUGUAUGCCAGCUUUGGAAAGUCGGAAAUUACUGGCGAAGAAGCCGUUCGCUCGUGGUACGACGAGAUCAAGUACUACCGUUUCGGACAGUCCAACCCGGGCAACUUCAGCCAGGUUGGUCACUUUACGCAACUGGUUUGGAAGGGUUCACAGCAACUCGGCGUUGGCAAGGCGAGAAAUGGGAAUAACAUCUAUGUGGUGUGCAAUUAUGAUCCCCCUGGAAAUUACUCCGGUCAAUAUGCAGGCAAUGUUAGCCCCAACUAGAUUUUCUUUUCAAAAACUGCCAAUGGAUUUU